AUGGCGGAGUCAGAACUGGUAGCUGUCACCGCUGCGCCCAGGACGAGAAAGAAAAUUCAAGUUCAAGAGUUGGAUGCUGGGCAGCCAUGUUUAAAUUGCAAUGAGCAAUGUACAGGAUUUCAGCCACAUCAAUGGAGGAAAAACUGUUUGAAUUGUCGCUGUUUGCGGAUAGAACAUGACAUCAUACAUGACAACUAUGUGACUGUCAAAGAACAUAUGGGUUUGACAUCUUCUGAGGAUGAUAGCACUAAAGAGGAAAAAGAAAGGUCUGUCAGUCAUGGCUAUUCAUGGGUACCUGCACAAUUGGAUUCUGAAAAGAUUGAUAAAUAUAUGAGUUCAUUGCCGAAUAGUAGUAUUCCUAAACUACAUACACCUGGUGAAACCAAUCGUGAUAAACAAAUGAUUCUGCAAAUACCGCGACAAGAUCUGUCUUUGGAUUUCUGUACUCUUAUGGAAGAUACAGAAGAUGCUGUUGAACAGUUUACCAACUUUGUGGAGUAUCGUGAUGCUGAGGCGUUUGGAAUUGGUAUUGUGAAAGAUCCCAUCCCCACUGACAUGGAAUGUUUCAAAUGCAAGGGUGAGAUCCCAGCUGGUGAGAUGGCAGUGUUUACUGACAAACUAGCUGACGAUAUUUGCUGGCAUCCCUUUUGCUUUUGCUGUCAUGAAUGUGAUGAGUUAUUGGUGGAUCUUGCGUACUUUUUCAAGGAUGGUGAGAUUUAUGAUGAACGACAUUAUGCCGAGCUUAUAACCCCACGAUGUGAAGCAUGUGAUGAGUUAAUAUUUGCUGGGGAAUUCACUAAAGCCAUGAAUGAGAAUUUCCAUAGUGGUCAUUUCUGUUGUUUUAACUGUGACAAUUCCUUAACUGGUCAACGCUAUAUUCUACGAGAAGAUCACCCAUAUUGUAUUAAAUGUUAUGAAGAUGUUUUCGCUAAUACCUGUGAGGAAUGCAGCUUGAAAAUUGGAACUGAUUUCAAGGAUCUGUCCUAUAAAGAUCGUCAUUGGCAUGAACAAUGUUUCUUCUGCCAUGAAUGCAAUACAUCUUUAGUGGACAAACCAUUUGCAGCGCGAGACGAUGAUCUCUUCUGCAGUAAUUGCCAUGACAACAAGUUUGCAGCAAGAUGUGAUGGAUGCAAAGAUAUAUUCAAAUCUGGAAUGAAAAAGAUGGAAUAUAAAGGACAACAAUGGCAUGAGCAUUGUUUUGUUUGUGUGAAUUGCAAAGAGAAAAUUGGAUCUGAUAGUUUUAUACCAAAAGAUGGUUCCAUCUACUGUGUACCAUGUUAUGAAGAUAUUUUUGGUACCAAGUGUAACAACUGUACAAAGAUCAUCAAUGCUGGAGGUGUAACUUACCGUGGUGAACCAUUCCAUAAAGAAUGUUUUGUAUGCAACGAUUGUAAGAAACCAUUGGCUGGUAUGAGAUUUACUUCACGAGAAGACAAACCAUACUGUGCUGAUUGCUUUGGAGAAAGAUUUGCUAAGAAAUGUACUUCAUGCUCUAAGCCAAUCACAGGUAUGGGAGGUACCAAGUUUAUUUCCUUUGACAACCGUAAUUGGCAUAAUGAUUGCUUCAACUGUGUCAAGUGCCAAUCAUCUUUGGUUGGCCAAGGCUUCAUGACUGAGGAAGAAGACAUCCUUUGCCCUGUGUGUGGCCAAGCAUAAGAAAGACAUCCUUUGCCCUGUGUGUGGCCAAGCAUAAGAGAAG